AUGAGUCUCCUAUCAAUGAUUAUUAUCUGGUGUGAUGUUAGUUUCGAAAAUGACGAAAGCUACCAGCCAAUGAAAGAUGAAUUCAAUGAAACGACUACCGCUACAUCGAAGAAACCAGUGGAUCCUAUCGAUAUGUUGAUAUUCGAUGAAGGAAAAGAAGAGCUACGAUCAAAUAAUGUUCCACUCAUCACCGUUCGAACGGCUGAUGAUGCAAUGCGUCAGAUCGAGAAGAAUAAAGAUAAAAAAAAUUUUGUCAUCUGUUCUGGUACAGUAGGCCGAUACCUCGUACCAGAAAUUUCGUCUCAAUAUCAUGAGAUACACGAUGUCUAUAUAUAUGCUCACAAUAUUGCCCUACAUGUCGACUGGGCAGAUAAAUACAUUGGAAUGUUAAAACUGUUUAAUUUUCAUACUGAUCUGUUAGUUCGACUGACACGAGAUAUUGCUAAUUAUUUUAUUAAACGAGGACAAAUCUUAUUGAAUCCGGAAGUCGACAUGCCAAAGGAAGCAUUAAUCUGUUUCAAACAUGCUCAACAACUGGAAAUAGUAGCUAAUAUACGAGAAAAGAUGAAGCCUAAUACCAAACAUCCGGAAAAAGAUUAUGCGCAACCCGAUUUUCGUGAUCAUCUCGAUUUACUCGAAGGUAAAAAUGGACUAAUCUCUAAAGCUGAAGAAGCUAUACGUGAACAAGAUGGUUGUUUGGAAGCUUCUUGA